GGUUGACAGAGGAGGUACACGCUGUCGGGCACCCAGAUUGAAAGUAUAACCACGGAUUCUAAGUUAUUGUAAUUAUGUAAAUAACAUUAAGCCCUGUCCCGGCAUGACCAUACCAGCCAUUGUGGAGAGAAAAAUCUGACGGUGUGUCACUUCGGGCAUCCUUCGACAAGGCUGACUUUAUAUGUACCAGGUGACAGCUCGCGAUCCAUGCACAGAACUAUCUCGGUGAUGGAUGAUUUGUUCUUUCGCUGACAAGGCUGAUUGUUAUUGAAGUAUCAAAUGCAGCAACACAGGGCUUUAUUACUGAAGUAGUAAAAUGCAAUCAAGGGUAUCAAAGCUGUAUAUCUAAUGGAGGGUAUGCUGCCUAGACUAGGAUAAGUAUUGCCGAAGUUGAAGAAGACCAGCGAGGCGUGCUAACUACUGUGCAAUAUUAGACUGGUGUCGACGAUAGGAUCUUGCUCGACCUAUACAGGUAUUGUAGCAACGCCGACAUAUCAUAUAGAUAUCUCGUCCUCAACCCGCCUGAUGAUUUACACAGAUACCCCAUCGACAAUGACCCGGGGUUGGGUACCAAGCUCAAUGAAUCGCCUUCUGUUGUGAAUUCAGCAUUGAUUGGUGUAUUGUUUCAAACACAGACGCCCAAUCCUGUUAAACAAUACUCAUAUGAGGCGUGGAGGAGGUGUUGGCGAGAACGUCCCAGGGUCAAACGGGACAAGCGAUAGUGUAGUCCAGCAAGCCUCUUGGAUAACACGAUUGGGUCAGCGAUAAAGAAACGGCGAUAUAUAUUAACACAAGUAAUGCUGUAUAUAUUCGAUAAAAAGAAAUUCCGAAAUCGGACGUGAUUACACAAAGGACGAUUGUUAUUGUAAAAUAAACUACAAAUCACCGGGCGAUUACAGCCCAUAUCAAUAACGUAUUAGCUGAAACAGAAUCCUAUACAUCGUAUGAUUCACAUAUGAGAAGGAAAUCGUCAGUGAUGGUGGAAAUACUGGAUAUAUACAUUGAUGGAUCUAAUGUACGAACAUUGUGUCAUCGACCCAGUCAGAAUUUAGACGUAUGAAUGGAUUAAUUUUUCAUGGGAUUAUAUGUUAUAACAACUGGUGAUGGGCACUGCAGCACUUAUGACGAUGUCAGUUGAUUGAACAAAUGAUGUAGUCAUUUUGUGUGUACAUAAGUGGACAAACAUGGCAAACGUAUAUGUUAUUGUUGAACGAAGCAAAACUACCCCAAAAUGUUAUCUAAGUGGGAUUUUGGUUCAAACCUGAUGAAGACAUGCCAUAUUGAGCAAUCUCGACCAGGAUGUAGCUAGGAAGAAACUGAUAACUCUUGUUGACAAUCGACAUAACUAGUUCAUCGCAAUGGGGAUAUUUUUCGCUGUGUUCGGUAUGCUGGUUUACCUGAUAGAGACAGGCCUACAGCUCCACGCGUGUUGGCGUCUGUGGGACGUAUCGGCCGUACUGGCAGGGUUAAGUCUUUCCUACGUCCUCGGUUCUCUCGUCAUCGUGAAUGUCGUCUCGGCCGUUAUGGUCCUUCGAACAAUGGACUUCUCCGGCAAGACAUGUGGCCGAUGUCUGUGUGUCCUUCUUCAUUCUUGUCAGCUUGGCCUGAUUUGGCGCUGCCUCAAACUUCUCAUCCUGUACGACGAAUCAGACUGGAAGGAGUAUCUAGGUCUAAGACUCAUUCACACAGCCCUGCAGAGCCUUCCCUUUGUUGUCACUUCCGGUUACUAUAUGUUCACUUCAAAUGUAUUUGACGCCGAGUCUGUGUUCACGUUAUUCUUGUUCUGUGUGUCAAGUGCCAUAGCAUUAGCGACCUUCAAUCUAGGGAAAUAUUUAUUCGAUUCUGAAGAAUUCUUGGAAUGGAAAGCACGAGCUCGAAAGCCCGUUGGAAUUUGUUUCCUAGUGUUAGGGACUUUCUUAAUGCUGAUAUCGAGAUGCGGUUCCUUUAUCUUGUUCAUGUCGGUUUUCCAUUACUGGAUAGUGGUACCUAUUGGCGGCCAUUUUCUUGUGUAUCUUCUGAUAACCUCUAUACACUCCGGAUAUUCGGAGGGCUGUGGAUUGUGGAAACAGGUAAAAAAUGGGUUAUUCUCAUACUUAAACAUAUUUGACCUUGUCGAGAGGGAGUCAACCAAGGUCAGAUGUAAAAAUGUGUUCUACUACAGUGCUAUUGUCAUAGAAAACGUCGCAAUGACAGCAAUGUGGAUGGUAGCAUUCGAAGGAGAUUAUUUAUUCAAGCUGUGUAUUGUUUCAUUAAUGAUCGUAAGUUUCAUUUCGGGAGUUAUUUUAAAGUCAUCUAGCUGUGGCUGUGUUCAUUGGGUUGACUCGGAUGACCCUAUUUCCGUGGACACCAUGGAUCUGGCAUUGUAUAUUACGAAACAGGCCAGUGCUACUCAAAACGCAAAUAAUCAUCAUGGCAACCAAAGAUCACAUGACCAGCGUUAUCAUGAAAACGGCAGCCACAUUCAGGAAUCCAUUCAUAUUGAUCACGGACAUCUGCAAGGGUAUGACAAUGAUGGAUUUCAUAGCAUAUCAACACCAAAUUUAGACAUUCCUUUAAACUAUUCCAAGAAAACAAAAUCGAAGAAAAAAAAAUCAGCAGAUGGAUCUUUAACUCAAUCUGAUAAUUCUCCACGGAAACUAGGGUUGACCGGAAGUAGUGGUGACGUUGCAUCAAGCAAUAGUAGAAAUACGAACACCCUUAAUAUCAGUAACAAAAGUAACAGGCAGAGUAAAAAUGAAACUCUGACCCCUGAUCACAUGUUGGACGCAACGCUACAGCGGUCAUCGACCAAACAUCGAAAGUCAACCAACGGAGUGCAACAAAUCCCGACACAAGGGGCGCUGUCUGACAGAGGAGCGCCAAAACAAAAGGAUGAUUUAAUGGUCAAACAAUUCUCAAUGAGAAAAAAUACACACACAAAAGAUAUACCAUUGUUUCCUAACGAAUGUAAUGGAAUUGAAGGGUCCAAAGCGUUUGGAUCUCCAAAGGCAAAGCAUGUACUUAGUAACUCUGUGGAGGAGUACGAUCCGGAAGAUUCUGAAACCUCGGAUGACUCAGAGUACAUCAGCUAUAGCUACUACUACGACACGGAUUGGUCCACCAUGCUUUCGUUCGACUCUGAGGACGCCAAUACUUGGGCACAGCCUGUCUCCCUUGUGAAUCUCCACUCAUUGCCCAAAGACAAAUCAUCCGCCACCCAAAGUGUUCAGACCUGGCUCAGCCGACUAGAGGAGUGGGCGCCGAUCAUGGAGCCACCGGAAGUGGCUGUAGAGGAACUUCCUGAUGUGCUUGACAAGAUAUCUAGACAACAGUCAAACCUUCACGUUAGUUCCUCACUGCAUAGUGACACCUCUCAGCGUAGUUCUAGUGUGUAUGACGAGGCGUACAGACGUAUGCCUGUUGUACAAAACAAAGUGCAAUCUCCCCAUUCUGACCGCGCCUAUAGAGGCGAAACCCAUCAUCACAACAUUCCCGUUACAAACUAUGCCAGUCACAAUUUAAACGCAGACAGAAUUAACACAUCUCCGAGCGAGUUUGACCGCCCACCUAUUCCUGCCCUACCGAGGACAGGGCGAGGGACAAUGGUAGAUAAUGGCGUGUUGCUAUGGCAACAAGAGGAUGCAGCCUCGCCAGACUGUGUACAAGAAUCAAUGGUUUAGUUAAAAAAAAGUAUGUGAUAUAUGCAUUUUUUUAUUGAAUAUUUUGAAAAUAAGGAAAUAAAAUACACAUAAUAAAGA